CACAGUCUUAUUGACCCCGCCCCUCGUGACGUAAUGAGGCGGGGCGGUGGCAAAGACUUCGUGAGCCCGGCCCCCGCCCCGCCCCAAAGACUGCGCCUGCGCGGCCGGGACGGCGGCUCCGAGAUGAUGGCCAGCUCCGCCGAGCAGCUCCGCCAGGAAGGCAACGAGCUGUUCAAAUGCGGGGACUACCAGGGCGCCCUGGCGGCCUACACGCAGGCACUGGACCUGGGCGCCGCGCCCCCCGACCGGGCCGUCCUGCACCGGAACCGGGCCGCCUGCCACCUGAAGCUGGAGGACUAUGACAGAGCAGAAGCUGAGGCUUCCAGGGCCAUUGAAAGGGACGGCGGGGACGUCAAGGCCCUGUACCGGCGCAGCCAGGCCUUGGAGAAGCUGGGUCGCCUGGACCAGGCCGUCCUGGACCUGCAGAGAUGCGUGAGCCUGGAGCCCAAGAACAGAGUCUUCCAGGAGGCCCUGCGGCACAUCGGGGGCCAGAUUCAGGAAAAGGUGCGGUACAUGUCCUCCACGGAUGCGAAGGUGGAGCAGAUGUUUCAGAUCCUGUUGGACCCCCAGGAGAAGGGCACUGAGAAGAAGCAGAAGGCGUCUCAGAACCUGGUGGUGCUGGCCCGCGAGGACAGUGGGGCUGAGAAGAUCUUCCGGAGCAACGGGCUUCAGCUCCUGCAGCGCCUGCUGGACACGGGAGAGGCCGACCUGAUGCUGGCGGCCCUGCGUACGCUGACUGGCAUCUGCUCCGAGCACCAGUCCCGGACGGUGGCCACUCUGAGUGUGCUGGGAACCCGGCGAGUGGUGUCCAUGCUGGGUGUAGACAGCCCUGCCGUGUCCUUGGCGGCCUGCCAUCUGGUACAGGUGAUGUUUGAUGCCCUCAAGGAAGGUGUCAAGAAAGGCUUCCGGGGCAAAGAAGGAGCCAUCAUCGUGGACCCCUCCCGGGAGCUGAAGGUCCUCAUCAGCAACCUCCUGGAGCUCCUGACUGACGAGGGCGUCUCGGGCCAGGGCCGCGACAACUCCCUGACCCUCCUGACUAAAGUGGUGCCCCGGAAGUCUCCUAAGGACCCCAACAACAGCCUCACCCUUUGGGUCAUUGACCAAGGCCUGAGGAAGAUUCUGGAGGUGGGGGGCUCCGUGCCGGAUGCUCCGGGGGAGCUCACAGUGACAGCCAACAGCUGCAUGAGUGCCUCCAUUCUCCUCAGCAAACUCUUUGAGGAUCUCAAGUGUGACGCUGAGAGGGAGAACUUCCACCGCCUCUGCGAGAACUACAUCAAGAGCUGGUUUGAGGGCCACGGGCUGGCCGGGAAGCUGCGGGCCAUCCAGACGGUGUCCUGCCUCCUGCAGGGCCCGUGUGACACUGGCAACCGGGCCCUGGAGCUGAGCGGCGUCAUGGAGAGCGUGAUCACCCUGUGUGCCUCGGAACAGGAGGAGGAGCAGCUGGUGGCUGUGGAGGCGUUGAUCCACGCGGCCGGCAAGGCCAAGCGGGCCUCCUUCAUCACGGCCAACGGUGUCUCGCUGCUGAAGGACCUAUACAAGCGCAGUGAGAAGGACAGCAUCCGCAUCCGGGCUCUGGUGGGGCUUUGUAAGCUGGGCUCGGCCGGAGGCACCGACUUCAGCAUGAAGCAGUUUGCUGAGGGCUCCACGCUCAAGUUGGCCAAGCAGUGUCGCAAGUGGCUGUGCAAUGACCAGAUUGAUGCGGGCACCCGGCGCUGGGCAGUGGAGGGCCUGGCCUACCUCACCUUCGAUGCCGACGUGAAGGAGGAGUUUGUGGAGGACGAGGCUGCCCUGAAGGCUCUGUUCCAGCUCAGCAAGUCGGACGAGCGUUCAGUGCUCUUUGCCGUGGCCUCAGCACUGGUGAACUGCACCAACAGCUAUGACUACGAGGAGCCUGACCCCAAGAUGGUGGAGCUGGCCAAGUAUGCCAAGCAGCACGUGCCCGAGCAGCACCCCAAGGACAAGCCAAGCUUCGUGCGGGCGCGGGUGAAGAAACUGCUGGCAACCGGUGUGGUGUCGGCCUUGACCUGCAUGGUGAAGACCGAGAGCCCCGUGCUGACCAACUCCUGCAGGGAGCUGCUGUCCCGGGUCUUCCUGGCACUGGUGGAGGAGGUGGAGGACCGAGGCACUGUGGUUGCCCAGGGCGGGGGCAAGGCUCUGCUCCCUCUGGCCCUGGAAGGCACCGACACAGGGCAGACAAAGGCUGCCCAGGCCCUGGCAAAGCUCACUAUCACCUCCAACCCAGAGAUGACCUUUCCUGGUGAGCGGGUCUAUGAGGUGGUCCGACCCCUGGUCUCCCUGCUGCACCUCAACUGCUCAGGCCUGCAGAACUUCGAGGCGCUCAUGGCACUGACCAACCUGGCGGGCAUCAGCGAGCGGCUCCGACAGAAGAUCCUGAAGGAGAAGGCUGUGCCCAUGAUCGAGGGCUACAUGUUUGAGGAGCACGAGAUGAUCCGCCGGGCGGCCACGGAGUGCAUGAGCAACUUGGCCAUGAGCAAGGAGGUGCAGGACCUCUUUGAAGCCCCUGGCAACGACCGUCUGAAGCUGCUGGUGCUGUACAGUGGGGAAGACGAUGAGCUGCUCCAGCGUGCGGCAGCCGGGGGCCUGGCCAUGCUCACCUCCAUGCGGCCCUCCCUCUGCAGCCGCAUCCCCCAAGUGACCACGCACUGGCUGGAGAUCCUGCAGGCCCUGCUCCUAAGCCCCAGCCGGGAGCUACAGCACCGUGGUGCCGUGGUGGUGCUGAACCUGGUGGAAGCCUCAAGGGAGAUUGCCGGCACCCUGAUGGAGAGCGAGGUACUGGAGAUCCUGUCGGUUCUGGCUAAGGGCCAGGAGGACCCUGUUGGCAGGGUGGCUGCCACCUGCCUGGGGAAGGCUGUAGAGUACGGGCUGAUCAAACCCAGCCAGGACGGAGAGUGAGCCUCAUGCGCACACUGCCUGAAGCAGUGCACACACCUGCAUGGGCACAGGGAGCUGCCCUUCCACAGCCUCUGCUUCAAGCCUGGGGCCACGUGUGGCCACAACCCCACCCUCCAGCACUGCCUCAGCCUCACGAAGCAGGACUUCUCCCAAACUACUGUAGAAGGCACAACAGGAAGCUGUGCCCUGGCUGGGCCUGUGAGCCUGGCGCCAGUGAGGGCACUGGGAAGGACAGGUGGAGCAACCUCAUAAGCCAAGGGCAUCACCAGAGCCUGCCAGCAGGCACCCUGCCCUCUAAUAAAGUGUGUGGACCUCA